UGUUUUAAGGGCAUUUUCUGCCUCUAUUUGUUUUCAAAAUGGAAGACGAACCAAAAAAUAAUAAUGAUUUAGUCCACAAAGGUCAAAWUUGUCAAGAAAACAUGGAAUUGUCAAGUGGAAAUGAUUUAGACAGCAACUCAAAUUCGCCAACUUCAAAAUGCAAAUUAGAACCUCAACCGGGGAGUGCAUGUGCUUCGAGAACGACUUCAGCCAGUUCAGAAGAAAACAAAACUGAAAAACUUUUAAAAAUCCUUCAAUUUAGAAACCCUGGUCCACAGCUAGCGAGCUUUAACCCCGACAAAAGCCGUCGAGAACAGCGGAAAGUGAAGCAAUUUGUAAGCUCAACUCUUAAUCAAACAAUUACUUCGCCUGAAAAGCUUGGAAGUGGCUCUAAUAUCCCAGAAAAGAAACCUAAAAUGAUUUCUAAGCGACGGAACUAUCACGACCGUUAUGGAGUUCGUUUGAUUGACAACAAAGAUGUCUGUGACUGUCAACAGCUGAACUGUCCCGGAUGUCACUUUCCUUGCAGUUCCUGUGGUUCUGAGAAAUGUGGUGUCGAGUGCCGAUGCAGUCGACGAUGGACCUAUGAAGAUGUUGUGGAUAUUGAAAACCCCUAUGCGCCGAAACAAAACAUAGAAACAUAUUGAACGUACAUGAACAUUUUGUACCAUGACCAGAGUUGCGUGACAGAGAAUGUGUGACACACAUUGAUUGCAAGUGAUGUUUUCCCAAACCCAAUUUCAUUGUUGAAUGUCUGCUUUUAGUUUUCUCUUUUAGAACGGCAUCUAUGUGUCCAUUAUUUUCUCAACCAAUGGCGACUGUCUCUAAUACAAUUGAACAAAUUUAUUCCACAAAAUUUGCUUCACAUAUCCAUUCACGGUGAAUUUUAGGUAACAUUUAGCUAGUAGUUCACUGGUGUUUUCCAUGAAGGYGGGCUAYACAAUUGAGGUGCCUGUAAUCGYUGGUUUUCAGGUGAUGUCACAAGGGCCAUGUUUGUGCUCACUGCCACCAGGAGUAGUGUCCUUCACGGUAACCUGCGCCAUCUUGAAAGGUAGCCGUGCCUUUACAUCGAAGCAAGACAACCGUGAGUGUGCAAUGAUAGAAACCUGUGAAUAAUUGUCUGUAGGUGUGAAAGAAGGUUUCUAUUGUUGCACGCUCAAUUGUUGUCUCUUCGAUGCAAAGGCACAGCUACCUUUCAAGAUGGCACAGGGAACCGUGAAGAAGACUGUUGGCAAGGUCUCUUUAUGGGUGUUUUUAUAUGACCACCCUCCCCUAUAACAAGAGUUUUCUUUAUAUGGAGGGGAGGGGUGGCCACCGAUAAACAGCAUGUUCUCCCUGUGGCUGUUGUACUUCAGCACAAGAUUGUCACCUUCUAUAACAAUCAUGACCACUGGUGUUUUGUACAAUCAACAAUAUAAAAGUGUUUGGUAAAUAAGUGUUUGUGAUAGAGCAAACACAGGAAUACCAUGAAAUAAAAUCAAACUAAAUACUAACUAAUAGCGGCUAUUUAGAGACAAAUUGUCAGUAUCAAUGAACCAGAAGCUAAGGCAAUAAAGAUGAAUGAAAAAUGGU